AUGAACAUUGAAGUAAUCUCCUGCAGAGAAAAAAGAGUCGCUGAUGCUAUUCGACUAGAUCAAGAGCAGCAUUCCUCAAUGAAAGAACGAUAUAACUUUGCUUCUCAGGAAAAUACCCUACCGACCAAUUUGAAUAUUACGCCUUAUGAUUCCAUGGCCUUAAAUCAAGUCUUUUCAUCGGAGCAUGAAAAUCAAAAAUCCAUCGAGGGUCUGCAAGAAUUUCAACCGUCCUCAAACCAAAAUGAAUUACCAUAUUGUACAGACUAUUCUUUUUUCGAGGGUCAAGAUCAUCUCAGACUUGAAUCUACAUGGGCACAUGGUUUUUUAUCAACAAAUCAUUUUCCAAUUGUAGAUGGCGAGGCGCGAACAGAUAGUCCAAUUGGUUUAAAUCAAUUUCCCAAUUUUCAACCAUUGGCAAUUCAUCCUUCGACACAAUCGGUGGAUAUUUGUUCACAUGUUGAGAUGACCUCUCAGGUACCAUAUUCUCCAUUCUUCCACGAUAAUAACUCAACAAAUUAUCUAAAUUAUAAUUAUCAGGAUAUUUGUUAUACAGACAAAGAGAAUUUUACCUUUUAA